AUGUCCACGCUUCCGAUAUCCCAGGACAAUCCAUUCCAGACUUUGAUUACGGAGACGAAUAAUGAUGCGGCUCAGUCGCAGUCCCGCUACGAGAAUCACCGAGUAAAUCGAAAUGCACAGCAAGCUGCGAAGAUUCUGGCACCAGACUUCGCAGGCUGGAAUCUCGACGAGAUUUUAAUGCGCCUUGACGGCCCUGCAAAGGAAGAGGGAUUUGUUGAUCCUCGUAACUGCCUGGUCAUUUGGGCCCGGCCGCCUUCUCCAAUUCGUGUUCUUAUAAAGUUCGUGCAAAGCGAACUCAGAGGCGUUGCACCGAGUAAGUUUCUUCUCGCGACCAGGAGGCAAGGCGCUCACCAUGUUCUGACAGCCCUGUGGUGCAUGCCCUCCGAGAAUCUACAUACAACAGUACUGGAAAUAGCCCAUUCUUUGACCGAAGAGCAGAUUGACAGUCUCGUAAAUACUCUGCAGUCAUCACAGGGCGUAACCACGUCAGAAAUUGCAGACUAUGCGUUCGCCCAUCGAACGCGCCUUGUAAAGCCCAUGGUGAGCUUUGAUUCUGCAGCCAUGGCACUGACCUUUGUCCCAGCCGCUGGAGAAGCUUCAGAUGCGCAAUGCAGCAUCGAAGACGAGACCUACAGUUAUCAUCAUCUUCGUCGUGAUAUAUUUGACAUGGUUCGGGCGGCUGAUAUCCGGGUUGCGUCCCGGUACAUUGUUCCUUCAGCCCAUCUCACCAUUGCUCGGUUCGUCACUCAGGACGGCUUCGUCAAACAAGGAGAUGCAGUUGGAGAGGGACAUGUUGACCUUUCGAAGGUCAAAGAACUGAUUGAUAAGAUUGACGAAAUUAACCAGAAGCUGCAGGACGAAUAUUGGCCUAGUGAGAAUGGAACAAUCAAGCCUGGCGGAGAGUGGCUGGUUGGCCAGGAAAAGGGCUUGGUCAUUCGCAGUGGUCGUCUGUGGUAUGGUGGCGGCGAUGAUGUACAGCUUGGAAACGGCUAUUGA